GAAAGGUCAGAAAACCUGAGGGAAAACAGGAUUUUUUUAGCUGUUUCUCAGCAGCCGGGAGCUCUCAAAGUGUGGGGGAAGGCCGGGGGUUGUGAGGGGUUGCUGCGCUUGCAGGCCCGGCUGCAGCAGGCGCAGCAGCAGCUGCAGCAGCAGCUGGAGCAGCUGGCGGAGCUGCGGGAGCUGGAGGCGUCGCAGCGGGAGCUGCUGGCCGAGCACGAGGAGCGCAUUCACCUGCUGGAGAUGGAGCGGCGCCGCCUGCACAACGACAUCCAGGAGCUCAAGGGAAACAUCCGUGUUUUCUGCCGCGUGCGGCCGCUGCUGCCGGAGGAGCGCGAGCGCCAGCGGGGGCUGCCCCACCUUCACUUCCCCCCUCAGGAUCCUCGCAGCCUCGUCCUCACCCGCCCUGACGACUCCCAGGUGGGCCGGGAGCGGCGCGCCGAGCUGCGCUACGACUUCUCCUUCGACCGCGUCUUCCCGCCCGCGGCGUCCCAGCAGGAAAUAUUCCAGGAAAUCCAGCUCCUCGUCCAG